UGGCUUUGCGUCUCUCAGGGAUAAGUAGAUUACAUUUCAUCCGCGAUGCGGUCGUGGUCACAGCCAGGAAUGUCAAGAGACCAUAAACGGCCUUUCCAUUUCAAGAUCUGCUUUUGUUUUGGAAGGAAGUUCGCUUUCACGGAGGUUAGACCUCCUAGUGAUGUCCAGCAACUGUUUGAGCGGUACUCCGAAAAUGGCACGAUGACCAUCGAUCACUUACAUAGAUUUCUGGUUGAUUACCAAAUGGAAAAGGAUGCGACCAGAGAGGAUGCAACGUCAGUCUUACACAGCCUGAGGCAUCAUAUCAUGUAUAGGAAGGAACUGAAUCUUGACCACUUCUUCCGGUAUCUCCUUAGUGAUCAGAACCCUCCGGUCCUGCCAUCACUUGGGGUGCACCAUGACAUGAAUGCUCCCCUUGCUCAUUACUAUAUGUAUACAGGCCACAACUCCUAUUUAACUGGGAAUCAGUUAAGCAGCGACAGCAGCUUUGAACCGAUCGUGAAAGCUCUAAAGAAAGGUGUAAGAGUUAUCGAAUUGGAUCUGUGGCCAAAUUCCACAGGAGGCAAAGUAAAAGUCUGUCAUGGAGGUACACUUACUUCUCCGGUCGAUCUCAACAAAUGUCUACAUGCCACCAAGGACCAUGCUUUUCUUGCAUCUGAGUUCCCCGUCGUGAUAACCUUUGAAGACCAUCUAACUCCACAUCUUCAAGCUAAGGUGGCCAAGAUGGUCACGAAGACCUUUGAAUCGAAGCUGCAUCGACCCGAUUCAGACCAACUAGCAGAAUUCCCAUCACCAGAAUCACUGAAAAGGAAGAUCCUGAUUUCAACAAAGCCUCCGAAAGAGUACCUUGAAAGUCAGACAAGCAUGGAAAAAGAAGAAAACACUGUGCAGUCCGAGGGAUAUUCAGACGAAGGCGAAAACGACCAGGAUGAAGAAGAGAAGAAUGUAAUCCCCGAGUACAAGCAUCUCAUUGCCAUCCACGCCGGAAAGCCAAAGGGCAGACUCGAGAAUAGUCUAAGGAUUGAUAUGAGUAAAGUUCGACGCCUUAGCUUGAGCGAACAAGAGCUUGAGGAUAUGUCAAGGACACAUGGACAAGAUAUUGUGAGGUUCACUCAGAGGAAUUUGUUGAGGAUAUACCCCAAGGGUACCCGUUUCGAUUCGUCCAAUUACGAUCCUCUGCUCGGGUGGAUGCAUGGAGCUCAAAUGGUCGCGUUUAACAUGCAGGGAUACGGGAAGUAUCUGUGGAUUAUGGAAGGAAUGUUCAGAAGCAAUGGUCGGUGCGGUUACGUCAAAAAACCGGAUUUUCUAUUGAAUCCAGGCAAUAUUUUCGAUCCUAGAGAGCCCUUACCGGUUAAGAAGUGCUUGAAGGUGACGGUGUACAUGGGAGAAGGGUGGCAUUUGGAUUUCAAAAAAACUCAUUUCGAUCAAUUCUCGCCACCUGAUUUCUUCGUGAGGGUUGGAAUUGCAGGAGUUCCAGCUGAUUCAAUCAUGAAGAGGACCCGGGCAAUUGAAGAUGACUGGACACCGGUGUGGAACGAGGAGUUCGAGUUCCCGCUCACAGUUCCCGAGCUGGCCAUCCUCAGGAUCGAGGUCCUAGAGUACGACACGACCGGACACCACGACUUUGGCGGCCAGACAUGCUUGCCGGUGUCGGAGCUAAGAGAAGGGAUCCGAGGAGUUCCUUUGCACAACCGUAAGGGGGACAAAUACCGAUCCGUAAAGCUGCUAGUGCGGUUUGAAUUCCUCGAACCUUAUUCUGAACAGGAUUACGACGGUUGACAAGAUGUUUUUCCUUUCCCAUGUUUGGAAAGCCAGUGAUUCUGCCACACCCCGAUUCCUGCUGCAAAUAUAAGAGUAAUGACACGGUCAUCCUUCUCUUCAAUUAAAGGAUGUAGCUUUAAAGUCAAAAUAAUGAUCAGAAUAUCUAUAAUCCAAAAAGAUGUUUGAAUA